AUGCCGGGAGUCGUCAUGGACAAUGCCAACAUUGGCGGACUAAGACACGGGACAGGCAACACCUAUCCUCAAGAUGGACUGUCACAUCCUCGGGGAGAAGUUGUUCAAUUCAAUGGCGCCAAUGCACAAGAUGGUCCUGUUCAUGUUAAUGGUGUCGAAAAGAACGCCAGUCAAAGUCGAAGCGUGGAGACAGUCUCAGCAAAUCAUGCAUUAAGGGUAACUAAAGGACCGCCUGAAUUGCCCCAUAUCACACAGGGGUUCUUCCCUUUCACGAAGUUGGUCAAUAGGUCCGUACAGCAGUGCUGGAACGAUCUAUCGGACUUGAUUACUGAAAUGGCGGAGAUGCAGGUGAAUUCUCAUGAAUUUCACCCCUCGACAGCUCCAACUACUGGGAAGUCGCCUGGAAAUCAGUCUCCUGGAAACAUACGGAAGAAGCUUCGAAUAUUAGAGUUUUCUCACGCUAAAAGAGCCGAAUUCAUAAAGCUGCUCGUCCUCUCUCAAUGGAGUCGACAAGCAGCUGAUGUUAGUAAAUUGAUCGACAUUCAGAAUUUCAUUCGCACCCGGCAUCAAGCGUAUAUGAAUGCGUUACAAUGGGUUGGGGACAUGAAAAGAGACCUCGUUCAGGCACAGGUAGCAAAUCCUGAUCUGAAGACCGCACUGGAAGUCUUGUCGAGGGGCAAGGUGGCGUCAAUGUCCGAUCUCGGCUACAAACCCCCACGGCGCUUGACCGUCCGAGGGACGCUCAAGAAAUUACAGAAAAUCAAUCGAUUAAUCGGUGCACGACUCGUGGUGCAAGAAGAGAUUCCUCCUCCAUUCAGAAAUUACCGGGUCCAUGAUGGCCGGGUCACAUUUGGCGUCCCUGGCGAAUUCGAACUUGACCUCUCCAUUGGCGAGGAGAACGAAAAUUCGCAGUUUUUCUUUGUCGAUAUACGUUUCCUCUUCUCGCCUUCACCACCAAUAUUGAAGGGCCGAUUAUUGAACGAGCUCGAAAUGACGAUUAAUGACGUGCUUCAAAAUAGUGGCUUGACCGGGUGCUUCGACUUGUUACAUAACCUGGUGUUGACGAAUAAAGUCAACAUAUUAUUCAAGCAAGCUACUGAAAUGGCUAGAGGUCCUUGGUCUGAAUGUUUGCGGGUUGAGUUAUUGCACCGAACACUUGUCGUUCAGUACUGGACACUGAAGCCUGGAGCUAAAAGCUGGCUUGAGAUCGGAAUCAGGAGCGGCCAUCGCAAGUCAGACAGCGAAAGCCCUGGGUUACCGUCUUUGAAGUUCCGCUGGAUGAGGGAUGGGGGCGAGGUGCCAUGUGAAGAUAUUGCUUUUGAUGCAGAAAAUCUCUCCAUGGAGAUUGUCCUGCGAAGUGUCAUCGCACUGCAUGUCUCCCACAUCCUUUCUUCGGCAUACAACAAGAUAAGACAAAGCUCGCUUUUCUCAACUGGCUUCCUAUCCUUGCGUGCUCACUUAACAAGAACUGAGCCGGGUGAUUGCCAACUCGAUGCCCAGCUCACGGAAACUAGGCAUCUUCGAGUGUCUAUUGAACCCAUGUCCGGAAUGAGUAUCUUUUCAGCCACACCGACUGUCUCGGACCGCUCUGAUCUAGAGCGCAAUCCUGAAAGAUCCUCUGUUGAGGACAUUGUCUCCCGUGUUGCUCGAAUCCGCUGCAAUGCAGCUAUAGAAGAAAUAGAAUCCAAGGUCAAAAUGCUAGGAUUCGAGCCACUCAAUCCGAGGGCAUGGAAAGUUGACAUUCGAAGGAUCUUCCCACCGAAUGUGCUACGCUUCACACUCUUUUCUCAUCAGCUUUGGGGACGGAAUUGGAUUGUGGCAGCAACCAGCAGCAUGGAUAGCGAUUCUUGGUGGGUUGUGCAACUUCGCCCAACGGCGCCUGCAAAGGGUCCUCCCGUCCCUCAUGGAAGCGGCCGUGGCCAGUCUGUCCUCCGUUCCGCUCAGGUUGUCACAGAUUCAUUCUUCCCCGCACGCUAUGAUAUUGACGAUGCAUACCUCGCAAACCUCGGACACAGUCUUUCAGGAAUUCUGGCCAUUCAUUCCAAUGCACGCUACUUGUCGGACUUGCAGUCUAUCAAGUUCCAUCCCCCGCCACAUAAGUUGAAGAUUGAACCUGAUCUCCGAGUGCCAGAUAUCCUUGUCCGGUACGAUGUAUCAACUCUUCCUAGUGUCUUUAGGGCAGCCAUGCCCGUCAAGGCAAAGAAGAAGAGUCUCAUUAGAGAUACUAUUCGUCUUGCUUUCCAUGGAGUUGAUCCUCGUGAGAAGUGCGCUAUCAUGGUAGCUUAUGGCAACUUGGUCGAUUCUACGGCUACAUUAGGUCCACUUAUCUCGAGCUGGGAUCGCUCACUAGUGUUUCAAAAGGGAGGCAGUGGCUUUGCGAUGCGUUUGCUUGCACCUGCGGGUCACCCGGUCAUCGCCAGUCUUCUUGAGAAUUUGCAGAGGCUUGAGUGUGUGCUUUCCGUUCUUGAGUCACUGCAACGGAAAAAGGUAGAGAUUCGGACCUUCUCGCUAUCGAGUAUAUCCUUUGUUUAUGGUCCAGAGAGAGAUCUUGCGGCUAGCCUCAAUAUACAUCUGUCAAGGAACGAAUCACUCAUGGAGCUUAGCCCUACUGAGCUGGCAUCUAGGUCCGAGUCUUUAUUUGGUCUGCGUUUAGGCAUACAGUUCGGUCUUCAAAACCCGCACCGCCGAAUCCAGGAUUCCCUUGCGUCUAGUCUUAACCGCUCUUCCACCGAGGCGGGACUUGAGACCGUUGUUGAGCUCCUCACGCUUACGCUUCCCCUGAUGAGGGCUUUGGACCAGCUAAUGGCCAAUCCCUCAUACAGCGGGCCUUUGAGACUGCACGUAACAGUGCGCAACGCUAAGACGUACCAAAUUCACUACCCUGGGGACGAGGCUCGAUUUCAAUUGGUGGCUGCUUCGCACCAAAACCGGUUGGUUUGGGUACUCAAGGACGCGAACAGCCAAGGAAAUAGUAAGAACAAUGACAGUAUCACAGCCAGACUCAGACAGACACUGUAUACAUCGAAGGGCGAUGGCUGGAAAGGUCUUGAAACUGGAGUCGUGGCAGAAGUCAACCAAGUCGGAAACCUCUUACGAGAACUUGAGAAUUGCUUUGUUGCCUCCCGGGCUGAUCCUGCCGUUAGUGGAUCGAACAAUCCAGGAACCUCGGCGUUGGAAACCGAAAAAGGGACUGCAGAUGGUGCUAAAAUUUCCCUCUCAGACCCGUUUACAACCAUGCCGAACGACAAAAGCAGUCUUUCCCAGGCAGACACGGCAGCGCAGAAAGAGGACAUAAUCAUGAUCGACUGA